UUAAGAAAAACUAACAUUAGAAAAACAAGAAGUUAAUGUAAAAGAAAAAAUUGAUAAAUAAUAUUAUAAAUAAAAUAAAUUUAUAAGACACAAUCCGCGCGAAGCGCGGAAAACAUUUCUAGUAUUUAUAAUAACUCAACUUCCUAAAUAAUAAAUUAUAGUAUUAAACUCAAAUCCUAAUAGAUAUUAUUUAAAUUUUUGGGAAGAGAAAAAUAUUUUAAUGAUAUCAAAGUAUUUUAUAGUAUUUUGUUAGUAUUUUAGGAAAUAAUAAUACUUAGAAAAAGUAUUUCAAAUUCAAGUAAAUAAGUUUUAGUUAUGGUUGACAAUAGUAUUAUUUUAGCUAAGAAAAAACAAAAAACAAUCUUCCUUACCAAUCAUUUUGGUCCACAAUCCACAUAGAGACUAAAAAUAGUGACAAAUGAAAAAUAAAAAAAUUAGAUCACGCCAAAAACGAUUAAAGAAAGUAGGUUGCCGUGGAUUAAUCUGAGUCGUUCAUUGCUAGUGGCGACUGGAUUGAUUUGGAUCGGACGGUGAAGCAUGGUCGUUGCACUCUCCUUCGCUCGACUGUUUUAUUUUUAUAUUGUUGAGAAAUAAGAAAUGUAAUUUACUUUUUUUAAGGGUAGAACGCUACGUGUUCUGUUUACAGACGCAACGUAUCUGGAUGUACAUGCGCGUGUCUGACGCUUAUAUUUUUACUGUCGGACCAUGCGGUGUUUCGGUACCUCACUAGUAUUGAAAUCUUAAUUAAAAAAAAACUUAGUAUCAUAAUAUCCAAAUAACUUAUCUCAAUAAAAUUUACUAAAAUAAUAUAAUAGAUGUUACUAUAUAUAAAAUUUACUAAAAUAAUAGAGUUAUAUUAUUAAAAUAAAACAGUGUUUUUACUUAGAAAUCACGUAACAUACUAAAAUAAUAUUUGUUAAUGUAUAUGUUUAAACACAACAUGUAAAUAUAAAUUAUAUUAAACAUAUUUAUUUUCUAUAAUAUAUAUAAAUAAAUUUUAAAAUGUAUUAUAGCAAAAUGUAUAAAUUAAAGGAAAACAUAUUUAGAAAGAGGUUAUCUAUUUGAUUAUUUUAUAUUAUUAUUUUAUUAUAUCUAGCUCGAAAUUAUAUUAGUAAGUAAUAAUAAUUAAUAACAAAUUAAAAUGUAUUAAACAAAUUACUAUAUAUUAAUAAUGUGAAUAAAAAUGUAAACAAUAAUAUUAUAGAGUUAUACAAUAUAUAAUACUAAAAUAGAAAUUAUAUAUUUUUAACAUUUGUAAUAAUAUCAAGUGCAUUUAUAGAAUAAAAAAUAUUCGCAUGCGGGUUAAAAUCUAGUUUAGUUUAUUAUACAAUAUCAUAGUAUAAUAAUAUAAUUAUACAAUUUAAAAAAAAAGUAGUAUAGAAUUUUUAUUUUCUUGUUUUAUAAUAAAAUUUUAGUUAACACUAAUUUAUAACAAUAUUAUAUUACUAAUUACAAAAUUGAUGAAUAUGUUAUUUUAUAAAAAUAUUUAAACUUUUAAGUAAGAUUUUGUUAGAUUAUUUCUCAACAUAUUUUGGUAUAAUUAAAAAAAUCAAAUUUGUAGUUGCUUUAUUAUUAAUGUAAAUAAUUCUUUAAGUGGUCAUACUAUGAAUUGUUAAUAGUAGAUAAAAUAGGACCCUAAAUUAAUAGAUUAGAUUUUACAUUUUGCUUCACGCCUCCACCUAUUUACUUUUUUUUCUUAAAACUCAACAUCUCUUAUAUUGGGUAUCGCCCUGAAUUACUCGAAAGGAUCCAAGAUUACCAAAUCAAUCCCCAUUAGAUUUUUACACCCCAUAGAGAACAUCAUCUCCCACAACUCAAGAUAAAAUUGUCUCAUUUCAGCACUAAUUGUGGACCUCAUGAAUGAACACAUCUACUAACAGAAACACAUUAUACAACUUCGAAAUAAAAUGUUCAUCCAGUAUUGGUUCUAAAAAUGAGGAUGUAGUGCUUUCCCACCAAAAUCUUCACCAUAGGUGCGUCUUCGAACUCAUCUCACGACCAUUGCUGUUCAAUGCCUCAUUCCUUAGCCACUAAACCGGACAGAUGCAACCGAAUGAAAAGCUAACUUUCGAAGCAUAACAAGAUCCGAAUCUGCAAGCCAUAGCAUCCAGAGGUGUGAGAUCUUACUGCCGGUUCUGUCUUUCAUCUUUACCGACGCUGGGAACCGCCUUGUUGAGCCCCACCGCGAGAAAUUCGCCGGAGAUCUGAGAAAAAAGAAAACUAGAUAUACCUAAAAUCAGACUCUCCCCUCCACCGACGUCUCACCAGUCACGCUGUUACUCCAUAUGACGCUGGAGACCAACACCUUCGAGCUUCAAAGUUCUCCGAUGAGUAUCAAGAACUAGCCCAGAACACCAAGCAAAGAUAUAUGUAAGAGAAGGUGGUGUAAAGAAAAAAGAAAAAAAUAGGGAACGGGGAAGGACGAGCCUUCGGUACCGGCAACCCCCGAGCCAGAGUUAGGGUUUCAAAGCUGUUUUUAGUGAGAGGUUAUAAUGAGUAAUAGACCGCCACCAAUCGUUAGCCGACCAAAAAUACUACUCGUUUUAUUUGUUAGAGCAAAUUAGCUCAAUAUACUAAAGUUAGUGGGAUACCAUAGAAUGGGGGGGAAAAUGGUAAUGAUGGAAGGAAAAAAAUUGGUGGAAAAUAGGGUAUGCAGUGCAAAUAGGGUAGAUUUGGUGUGUAGAAAGUACAAAUUAUCUAUUUGUUAUUUACUGAAAAAUAUUAAAUUUGUUUGAAAAAGUUAUCUAGGACACAAAGAACAAAAGUUACAUUGUUUCUCAAAUAUUAUAUCGAUCUAUAUAUUUUUUAAUGAUCUGGGUCAUCCAGAUUAUAAAGACCCGAGUAAUCUUUAAGACCAAAGACAAUAAUCAGUUAUUUAAUCUCCUCCAACGUAGAUCAGAUCCAGAAAGCCAAACUUUCACAUAACCACUGGGCUAACACAGUGUUAAUUAGUAGUAUAUUGAUCUAUAUAUUUUUUUAAUAAACUCUAUCGACUGAUCCGGUUGGUUUUGGGAGGAGCACACUUAGUGUUACAGAAUGGACCGGAUGCCUGAUCCGAGUUUGAAAUACCUUCCAACUAAUGUUAAGGUGUGAAUCGAUCAUCUGUUACGAUCAACCAUGUAAACCACUUGGGCCAAAGUCUAAGUCCAGACUAACCAAGUGAUGAUAAUUUGUAACCAAGUGGUGGUAGCCUAGUGGCAUGCACUCUCUUGGGAUUUGGUGUAUAUCCACAUCAGUUCUCGAUUCCUCCUAUGAACUAAAUCAUCAUCGAUCUAUACUUAACCAAUUAGAUGAAUGCAUAUAUUUAUUAUAAAUAGUCUUUUCACAUAAAUAAAUUUAAUUAAUAAUAAUAAAAUUAUGUAAGAUAGAGUAUUAAGUUCUUUUACCAAAAAUACACAUUCCAUGUACGGUCUCAAAAGAUAUUAUAAAAUGUUCUUUUUGUAAAUCAAUUUAAGAACAUUUUCUUAACUAUGAUGCAAUUUUCUUAAAAAAAACAGAAGGUUGUAAAUUCAUGUUGUCUUGUAUAUUCCUUUCUAAGUGUGUCUAGAUUUGUAAACAUGCAAAUACGAUACAAAUUGUGUUGUUAUUUAUACAUGUUCACCCGUAAACCAUUUUUGACUCUAGCUUGAUUAUGUUAUCAAAAUCUUAUUUUCUCCUCGAUAAUAUAUUUUCCUAAAAUGUAUCCACUAAUGGUUCAGUCAUUCCCAUAAAUCAGUUUUUAAUUCAAAGUAGUUAUAAAGGUCGAGCCACACACAUGUCACCUUACUCAACUAAAAACAAUCCGAGAUUGUCCUAACUCCUAACUAGUAACCGCACGUGUGAAUCUGAACUGAACCAAUGCACGACUGACGACUUGCGUGAAUAUGCAAACGGCUGUAAUAUAAGAUUUGUCCAUGUAGUCAAUUUCUUAAAACUACAAAUUAAUGUACAAUCUUUUCGACGUGCAUGUACGUACACUCAACAAUAGUCGUGGUCUGAAUCCACCAAAAUUUUUCUAUGAUAUCUAACUUAAUGCAGAUAAUGAUCUUUGAGCGACCUUUAGGGCAUGUCCAAUUUCAUUCUAUUUUCCACUCUAAAAUAGAAUUUAGAAUAAAAAAUGUUUGAAUGAUACUUUAUUUUCAAUUUAUAAUCAAAUAAAAAAUAGUUUACUCUAUAUAUAGAGUAAGUUAUUUUUUUGUUUAUCACUCACAAUUACAAUUGGAGUACAACUCAACUCUAUUACAGAAUUAUUCUAUUUAAAAGUGAAAAAUAUAGUAAACCAUUAGAAAUGGUCUAAGAAUAUCACUCAAAAAUUAUUAACAAAGACUCCUCUUGUAUACAAAUUGUGAUAGUACACCAAUUCAUAUCGUAAGGACGAUGGUAAAAUUUAGGGUGCAAAAUACUGAUCAAAACUAACCUAAUUUUUUUAUUUUUUGGUAAAUAACUAACCCUAAUUUUUGUGUUUAAAAUAUAAAUUCAGGGUUAAUUUUGAUCAAUCUUUUACACCCAACACAAUAAAUCAGUCUCACAUCUUCGUAAAACUAAAUAUAUAUAUUUUUCGUCGGACUAAAUAUUAUAUUCUUAAAAUCUAAAAAGCCAUAAAGCUUUUGUGCCAACGAGGCGACGACAAGUGUUUUCUUGAUCACGACUAACGUUUUUUCUUGCCGUCGGUGUCGGAUGACUUGCGUACGUUUCCCUAUGAUGUGUUUCAUGCUCUUGCCCUUUCUUUUGGUUCUAUUCGAAAGCGAUCAUAUCGCUUGACUUGGUUGCUCCAGCCUUAGCUUGAUUUAUUCGUCCUUUUAUUUUAGUCUUAAGGAUAUUACAAAAAAAUUCAAUUAUCCACUGAAUAUUCUACAAGUAAUCACAUAACUAAAGCAACGCGAUACGUAGCCGACCCCGUAAAGUUUGGAGGGUGACGGCCCUACGUCCCUACCACAACGAGAAGUCUACAACUUUAUAUAAUAAAAUAUUAAUAAAAUAUCAAUUGCUUAUUGGACAACCUAUUACAAAUGUGGGAACAACUUUAUAAAUUUCUCAUGCAAAAUCUAUAUUUUCAACUAAUCAUCAAUUAUAAAUGUGAACAAAGAGAAAUUAAUGGCUAGUUCUGCUUAAUCUAGGAUUCCACCACAAACUUUUAUCACCACAAACCGUGUAACAAAGAGAACCGGUUGGCAUCAAGCUAUAGACCGAAAAUAGCCGGUGGUAAAGACAAAAGUUAAAGGGCAAAAUGAAGAGCAAGAAAAGGCGACCAUAAAUCACGUCGUUACUCACGCGCCAAAAAACGAAAGACACGCCUCGAUACGAUGUUGUCUGGACCACAACUGGUCCCCGCCAAAGCAAAAGCAUGCGUUUUAGGAUAAGAGAAUCCCCACCGUACAUUUGGAUUGAUGCAACCCGAAUAAUGAAAGGAUAAAUAUAAAUAAAUUAUUUUCCAAGAACAACCACGACAAAACAUAUUAAAACCAAUUAAAUAAUAGAACACCGGGGACCGGUUUUACAUUUCUUUUCUAGACUUAUGCUGACAGCCGUCGGCUUAGUGGAAGAGAAGAGACGGAUUUAAAGAACGUUUCUUAAAAUUAGACUUACGCGAUAUUAGUUUUCCUCUAUAUAUAAAAAACUGGUAAAAAUCUAGAUAUUUCAUAAUUUAUAAUAAUACUUGGUUAUUAAAAUUUAAUAAAAAUAUUAUGAAAUUUGUAUUUAUCUAUUUAAUAAUUUAAUCGUUAAUAAAUUCAGAUUUAAAUAAAAUUAAUAUUUAAGAAUAAAUAUGAAUUUAAUUAAUUAAAUAAUAUGAGUAAAAUAUUUUAAAAAUCUUGUUAGAUUAAAAAUAUAAAAUCAAAAAUACCAAAGUAGAAUAAUAUUAUGCAUAAGUGUAUUUGAUUAAAUGGUCUAACUGUACGUAAUGAUUAAAUUAUCAUAACUCUUAGAAAAUCAGUGAUACUUUUGUAAUAUAACAAAUAUAUUUUUAUUAUUAUGAUGAUUAUGUUUUAAUAAGAUAAAUUUAAAAAAUAAUUAUUUCAUAAUAUUUGUAAUUGCGGGGACCAUAUAGCGCGUGGGGUCUACUCGUUGUUGACGGUGAGGGGUGAGAAGGUGCUCUAUAUCCAACUGUUUACCUAUAGCCAAAUGGUCCCCUGCCUGCUUCACAAAAAAAUAAUAAAGAAAUAAUAAAAAUAAUUUAGUUUUUCUUAAUUUAAUCUGACAAAAAAAAUUCAUGAAAUAUUUUCAAAAUUCAAUGUCUAUAAUAUCUGACAAAAGGAAAACCUUAAAUAUUUACAUUUACAAAGUUUUUUUGUAAUUAUUGUAAUUGAAUUAGUAUUUGAACUAAAAUAAGUUUGAACGCAAUUGUACGUACAUGUGCAGAUUGUCUAGUGAAACAUGUAAAAUUGUAAGUUCAUAGCUUUUGCAAGAGGGAAGUUUUGUUCCGUAAAUUUAAUAAUAUAAUGCUUUGUUGUAAAAAAAAACUAGCAUGUCUUUGUAUACAUCGUUUGGAUCAUCGUAACUGAGAGGCUUAUUUUAUAUACAUCGUUUACUCCUUUCAAUGGAAGCUAGUAUGUCAUUUUCAAAACCUUUUGAUCCUUCUUCUUUCUUUUUCUUUAAAGCUGAACACAUCUAACACAAUUUCACACAAGGUACAACGAAAAAUAAAAUAAAUUUGGGAGUAAUAUUCGGUCACUAAAUUCAUAAGUAAGAUAUUGUACUUUAGUUACGAGAAUCAUUUAAUAGCAAAAGCGGGUAAACGUUCUCUGUAAGAUACUGUUUUGCUUACUAUGCAACAGUAGAUGCAUGAUAUAUACUUUUGUCCAAAAAGAUGCAUAAUAUUAAAACAAUGUAGACAGAUUUGUAUAUUUUAGGAUGCUCAUGAGGAAUAAUAUUUAUUUGCGAAAAAUAUUCUGAGUUUAUGAUUAUAGGAUCAAGUUAACUUAGAAUGUCAAAUAAUAAAAAAGAAGUUAACAUUGUUUUGAUUUAUAAUAAGUACAGUCUCAUCACUCAAGUCAUGCACAUAUUCCUCAGUGUCAUGUUCCUCCGCCUAGUUCUUAUGAAUAUGCAUGGGUAAAAUAAAUCAGUGAAUUGGCAACUCUUAUUCUCGUUAUCAUCCAGGGAAUCCUCUAGGAUUCUUCUUUCGUUGAUCCAGUCGAAGUGUUCCUUUUGAUUCGCGCUUCCCGAGUGAUGUAUCAAUGGGCACGAACAUCACCAUUUAAAUGCAAAACCGAUUUGAGAAACAACCAAUAUCAAGCAAUGUUUCAUUUGGUUACAUCAUAUAUAUAGAUAUACUAAUCCACAUAUAGGAGCAAGAGCUGUCUAAGUUUUACUAGCCGAUUCAACUAUUAGAGAUUAUAUUUACAAGACUUUAAUCUGUAUAAUGUGUGUAUGCGUUGAAAUGAAAGAAAAUAAAAUGUAUAGAGAUCUCUAUUAAUUUGCCGACAGUGGGGGAACAUAUAAGAUUUGUCAAACGAAUUAGUUCACAAAUUCAAAUUUGUGGGGUAGAGAUGGAGACGAAGGGUAGCUAACUGACAAAAUUUCAAUUAAACAUUGUAGAUAAUCUAUACAGAUCAGAGGCAUUAACUAAUGUAACUUGAUGGGUUUAAACGACAGUACUCACACAUACAUGUACCAUUAAUUGUCAUUAAGUUACACUGGCUUAUUACCACUCAAUAUUUGCAUGCAGCAUCUAGACAUGUUAAAUACGCAUACACAGACUAUAAUAUCAGAGCAUUAAAUCAUGCCAUUUGAGCUUUAACAAAAAAAAGUUGAAUGUAUGAUACAUUUUUGUGUGAACUGCGUACACAGAGACUAGAGAUAACAUUUAAAAAAAAAUCUUAAUAUCCAACAACCCAAAAAAUAUCUUUGAUACAAAGCCCCUACUUAUAAUCAAUAAGCCGAAGGAACGGACCUUGAUGAAACCUACCUAUUGCCGAAAAUCAUGUAAUAGUCCAACAUGAAAAUAAACUUAAGUAGCUUUCACAAUCGGUGGAAAUAGUAGAGCCAGCAAAAGGAACGACAAAACUAUUGAUGUUAAAUGUUAUAACUAGUACAAGUCCAUAAACAUGUAAUGUUUGGCGAUGUGAAAAGAUGGUAAAUAUAAGUGUGAGUCAAAGGAGGUAUGUAGAAGUCAAGAGCAAUAAGACAUUACAUGUUCUUCAAGUUAAGACCCUCCAAAUAAGACUGUUCUCCAUGGAAAGUGGACCACCAAAAAUAGAGAAAAGCAAAUAGAAGUGAGUGUUUUCAUUAAUGUUCAAUUCUUUAAGGGAAUGGACCACUCCUCCACUCUCUUCUUCUUUCACUCUCGAUGCUUCUUUCUUUGGCCAUACCAUACCACACUCACAUUGCUUGCUUACUUUUGGUCAUGAAUUUGACAUAUUUGAGUAUCUAAGGUCAUUUUCUCCACCUAAAAUCGGAAAGAAGCAAAGCAAUAAUCUAUUGCUGAAAUACAUACAGCUGGUUCUAAAUUUGCAGCCCAUAACUUUUAUAAAGAAAAAUGAUAAGCAGCUAAUGGUCCUCACAGUCUAUGAUGGGUAUAGUUCUAUACUUAAAUGACACAUCCUGGUUUCUUCUAUCCACAGUUACUACGACGAUGCAACUUAUAAUAGUGUCACCUCUAAUCUCAGGAUUAACCAAGAUUAUAUUUUCAUUGGUGAGGUUGAUCACUUCACGGCAGUGAUGAGCGAGGACUAGGGGGAAAGGAGAUGGGCGGAUUUAAGAUGUUUGACUGUGUGUAACAAUUAGUGGGCUUGGCCCAUUUAAGGCGUAAUGAUUUCGUCUGUGAUGUAUCCCACCAAUUCAUCUAAGUCUAACGAAACACACGAAAAUUUAUUUCCGCCACAAGCUCGACCACCACAAUUAACACUAUAAAUUAUUAAAUUUAGCGGGCUGGUUAUUUCUAUCCAAGAUGGGCCCGCGAUGACUUGCAUAUCAUUUUUAGUAAACUGUAAUCAAAAUAAAGAUAUAACAUUCAUUUCAUGAAUUUUGAAAGAAUAAGACUACCUAACGACAAAGUCAAAAGUUUAUUCUUCCACAUUCAACCAUUUAGAUAUUCAACAUUGUUCCAAAACAUUUACCACAUGGCCUACUGUAUCCAAUUUCCUCUUCCAGGUACACUGUAUUCAAUUCUUGUAUUUGCAUAUACACAGACAAUAUUAUAUAAUUAACAAAAGAUAUAGCUGUUUAUAAACAUAUAUAGAUAAUAUUUGCCACGUCUCCCAAACAUUUUUUUUUUUGAGAAAGCGUCUCACAUUCUUACAUAUAUUUCUUAAAAUCACUAAAUAUUUCUGAGUUUAUUUUUGUGGUUAGCAUAUAGAAGGAAUUUGUCAGUAGGAAACAAAGAACUUCAACGGAUGAAGCGCUACGGAGGGAACAAAGACCCCCAUGGAGUGCGGUGAAUUGGAAUCACAAAAAGUCUCUUUCCUUUUGAAGUCAAAUGUAACAUUCACUUGCCCUCACUCUGCUCUAAAACCGCGUCCAAUUUAUUGUUUUUUUCAUUUUCGAAAUGAUAAAAUUUGAAAAUUUGUCAACAUAGAUUAGAUUUUUUGUACCAAGAACAUAAAGAUGCAUAGAUACCACCAAAGAAUACUGCAUGUGUGUAUGCAAGCUGAGGAACAAAGUCUCUCACUGAAACGUCCAUCCAUGUUAAAUAAGCUUCAUCCAUAAUGUUUAAAUUUACAUUUGUUCUCUAGAAUAUUAGUUUUCUUGUGACCUUUUAUCAAGGAUUCAAUGGACCCUCCUUAUUUCCAUGUGACGGAGUGUGGAAUGGGACGAGAGAAUGGCGGUCUUUCAUGUGGACGUUAUUAUUUCAUAAUUACCUAAAAAAUUAAAUUAUUUCAUGAUUACCUACAAAAUUUAUAUUAUUUAUAUGGUUAAUUUGUUUAUCAAUUUCUUUCUGCAGUUAUAAAAAUAAAUAGUAAUCACAUUUUUUCAUUCUAACUUAAACCAUCACUUUUGUAAACAUGACAAAAGCGUAUUCCAUCCAAUACAGAUUCAGUUUUUUACCCCUUCUUAAAUACCCAGCUGAUAUAGUAAUAUGAUUUUCUUAUGUCAACAUAUCUCAUAUGAGAUGAAGGCAAAGAAACACAUGUAAUAUUGGAUUUGAAUUAUAAAAAACUGUUUUACAUCAAUUCCUUGAAAAUUAAUUUCAUUUACAUCAUUUCCUCGUAAAAGAAUACUUGGAAAAGUAUUAUGUGCGUGUGACUAUUUACAGCGUAUUGAUAAUAAAGUAAUUUUUGCUUAUUAUAUAGAUAUAUAUAGAUUGAUUUUGGUAAUAUAGUUUACAGCUGAAUGAAGAAAAAGACAUUCCGUCAAAAAAAAAAAAAAAAGACAUGAAUCACAAUCAAGUGAUCAACUCAUUUCUUCACCCAUGUUUUAUACUCAUUUCUUCACCCAAGUACUAUAUACAUGUCGUAGUAGGUCCCAUGUCACGCGUUUACGCCCUAGGCCCCAUAUAUUUAUUCAUAAUACUUGUCUGAUUUUCCCAUAAUUUUGUAUGUAGUCCCAAACAACCUAAUUUUUUAUCUCUCCAAUGUCGACAAAACCAAAUAAAGAUAUGUAACAUGAUUCACCAAACAUAUGAUCACCCUCUGUUCAAUAUAAGUGUUUAUUAGUGCAUAUAUAUUCAUAAAGUUUUUCUUAAUAGGCUUUUUUGAACGAAUUACUUGAUUACUUGAUAAAACCAGAGUUGGAGGGUAACUCUGGUUUUAUAGGCUAGGAGUUUAUUCCGGGAGUGAAAAUUUCGCGUUUUCAAUAAGCCAGCAUGAAAAUUCGUAAGAAUCUAUUUGAAUUUGAACAAUAUUUAUCCUGUUUUUGUUCAUGCCAUGCAUUUGGAGAAUAUAUAUAUAUUUUUUAUCAAACAUUUGGAGAAGAAUAAUGAAUCAUAUUUCUCUUUCGGAAGUAUGGAGCUCGAAACUUAGAAGCAUAACCACACUACUCACACGUGCCGAGAUAGUAGCUAACUGACAAAAUUAUUAAUGCAACUUAAAAAACAUUCUUUGCUAGAGCUUCCCAUUCUCACAUGAUUUACUUCAUUAUUUAAUUGACCUAUACAAAUCAAACCACUUACCAAAGUGAAGAAUCAGUUAGUCAAAACGUUAUAUUACACCUAUUAAUUAAUAUUAUUUGUUGAUUGUAGUUAAUGAAGUUACAGAAGUACUAUAUGUUAUUACUUUAAAGAUGUGUAUAUUAAAAAGUAAGUAUAUAGAUUUUAGUAUAUGCAUCUUUAAUAUAAAUGGUAUAUAUACUAGCUAUGUGUGAUAUAUACAACAGUCAAGCUAAAUGUUUUACUAAAGCGAGUGGAAACUAUUUCGUAAUCUCUUUAGUUUGUCUAUUUAAUGUUACGUUAAUUUUUGAACAGUUAUGUACUAUUGUUUUUUUGGUAGAUACACAAAAGUAUGGCAUAAGUUGCCUCGUAAUCAAAGCUAAGAAAUCCAAAUCAUGUAUUAAGAAAAUAUUCGCGAAUAUCUUUGUGUACAUUAUUAUACUCCUUCAUCUUACCGACGUGGAUGCAAAUAUAACAGACUUCACAACUCUAUUUCAACACCCAUCUCUGUUACCUUUAAGAAGAUUGACUGGGUAACCCAGCAAAAUCUCUUUGACUCAGUGGCUGAAGCAUGAGUAUAUUCAGAUUUAUCAGAAUUUUGGUAGUCCUGCUCUGUAUUUAUUUAUUUUUGGCAGAGGAAGACUAGUUUGUUCUUCUCUUUUGUUUGUAAACAAACCUUCACAUUUUGUAAUGAAAAUCUAAUACUUAGUGAACAAAAAAUAUAAUACCAACUGUCAACUGAUUAGUUCUUAUGGUUAAAAAUUAUCAACCAUUAGGGUAUAGUUUAAUAGAAAAGUUAGUGACCUUUUAGUGGUUUUUGACACCAUAAUUGCGGUCUAAGAUUCUUCCAUCAAUUUGUUACUCGAUUGACACCAGUAAGGAAAUUAAUCUUGGCAGUUGUCAUUUUGAUGGAUCCAUUCUAACAGCACAUUCUUUUGCCCAAAAUUAUUACCUUUUAUUCCAAUUACUAUUGACUCUAAAAGGAUAUAUUGCUUCAAUAGGAAAAUAAGUCGUGCGGAAGAAUUUUAAAAUCGGGCUACCGGAACGUGCCGGGUUUAGUGGGUGGGCGAACGUAGCUUUGUAAUACAUUGACUUAGGAACUUUUGUUCGAUUUGGGCUUGUAACCGGAUCCAAAAAUCCCGUUUUUUGGGUUGAUUUAUAUAUAUAUCUAAUUAAAAAAAAAAGUCGUGCGACUGAAUAUGGUUUACAUACUUUUUUCUUUAUUUAUUUUAUGAGUCAGUUAAUUUAAUUUGUGUUACAAAAGUUUGUAAAACAAGAGAUAGAAUGACAAAAGAACAUCCAUAUAUAUAUGAGAAUCCAUGCAUAGACGAAAGUGGUUAGAAUGUUAUCAUAUACUAAUAAUAAAUUUUAUAUAUCGUGUAUAAUGAACAAUAUUAUUCCUUUUCAAUAUAAUAAUAUUCGACUAUCAUUUAGUACACUCUAAACUCAGAAAAUCAUGGGAAUCAUAAAACAUGAAUGUUUGUUUCAAUAAUGACCUAAAAUAAUAAAAAAAAAGAUGAUAGUCGAAGAUGAAUGUUUGAUUGAGUCAUUAUCGAAGCCUCACAUGGGCGAAGAAUGGUGAUGAAAGAGCCCCGCUAUUCACCAAACUGUAUUCCUUUUUUGUUUCCAAUUAUUAUUUUUAUUAUUAAGUAGUUGGGGAAAAAUCUAGAAAAAAUUGGAAGUAUCUAUGAUAUACAGUCAUGUUGUGGAUGAUCAAACCCAUGUGACAGUUGGUUUGAAGUUUCACCACAGCCAAAAUCUUUGGAUCCAACUUGUCCCCUUUGGAAAAUAAAUUGAGGAAACUCAUAUAUAUACAGGACAGUUAGUAAAUUUAUAGCUAACGAAAUAUUCACUCAUAAUCUAGGAUAUACGUAACUUAGAGCUUUUUUAUUAUAAGAUUUGGAUAUUUAUAAAUCAAAAUAUUUAUUAAAUUAACAUUGAAACAUUGAAACAUUGAAAAUUUAACUCAAAUAUUUGAGAUACUCUUAAAUAAAGAAUUAAAUAUUUUAAAUACUUAGUAAAUAAAAUGUUAGAUACACUUAUAUUGAAAUCCUCCAAUUAAAAUAUGUUUAUUGAUAAGUCUUAUAUAUUAAACUUGUGAUAUAGUUGUUUGUUGAUAAGUCUUAUUCUAUUUUAAAUGAAAUUACGAUACUACUUUCCAAAACAUCGUUUGAGAAAAAAAAUUCGCUACAUAUAUACAGUUUGGCAUAUGUUUAAUCCAAAUUUAGUUAGGUCAAAUGAAAUGGAACUAAACUCGAUUGUGGGUUCUUCAAAAACGUUUUAUUGAUCAGUAUGAGAUAGCAAACGUGAUUACAAAGAGAUUAAAGAAAAAAAAUAAGGUAGGAGCUUUGUUGAAAACGCUGACGAGAAUACAAAAAUGCUCGAUCGGUUGUAAAAUCCUAAACCUUGCCGUCAGUGUUUUAGUGUCUAUUUGCGGAUCACCUUCUCUUUCUCUUGCCUCGUCCUUUUAUAACCUCAGUUCGUCUAUCCUUCAUUCGCCCUAAUACUAGUUGACCUGAUCAGUCGAUCGACCGCGAAGCUAAGCUGUUCGGAUAAAUCUUCAAGCCGAUCGAUCCGUUAGCCGAGUUGAUCGUUGACUGGGUUCCUGGUGUUAAUGUUCGAUGGGCUUUGUGCAAGAAUAUUAAAUUGCUCUCCAACAGCAUGUAAGCUAUUAAUAUCCACUAAAACUAUACAAUAUCUGAGAGUAAUGUAUACCCCAUUUUCUCAUGUCGCUGCAACUACGAAUACAACAAAUGAGUUUAAAACUAAGGAAUCAGCAUAUAUAGAUCUCUCUGUCUGUUACAAAAAAAAAGGGAUCUCUCUCUCUCACACAUCAAACAAAACCAAUGAGAUUUUUUGGGUCGUAUUGGUAACGGUAUGGGUCCCAUUUAGAACCAAAUUGAUUGCCAGUUAAGUAGGCAAAGAAAAUAUAACACAAAAACAUAUAUUUCUCUCUUUCUCUCUCAUAAAGCCAACACUACUUAUAGCCAACCUUCACUCUUUCACUUCCAUCAUUCCUUUUCAUCACUUUCCUCUUUACAUAUUUCCACAAACACUCUGAUAGACACACUCAAACUACUAAUGGCACGACCACAACAACGUUUCCGAGGCGUGAGGCAGAGACAUUGGGGCUCUUGGGUCUCAGAAAUUCGUCACCCUCUCUUGAAAACGAGAAUCUGGCUCGGAACGUUUGAGACUGCCGAGGAUGCGGCAAGGGCCUACGACGAGGCGGCGAGGCUAAUGUGUGGCCCGAGAGCUCGUACUAAUUUCCCUUACAACCCCAACGCCAUUCCUUCUCCCUCUUCCAAGCUCCUCUCCGCUACUCUCACCGCUAAACUCCACAAAUGCUACAUGGCUUCUCUUCAGAUGACCAAACAGUCACAAACACAAACGCAGAACACUCACAGCGUCAAGAAUGUGGCGUUCGACGGUGGAAAUCAGUAUAACACGGGAGGAGGAGUAACGGAGAUGAAGUGUGAAGAUGGAAACGCCAAUCUGAAACAGAACUUCAGGCCAUUAGAGGAAGAUCACAUCGAGCAAAUGAUCGAGGAGCUGCUUCAUUACGGUUCCAUUGAGUUUUGCUCUGUUUUACCUAGUCAGUCGCUGUGAGAAACAGCCAUGUCGCUUUAGUAAAGAAGCUAAUGUUCUGUUUCUGAAAGCAUACUAUUUCCUGAAGUUAUUUAGCAUACUAUUUUUUUCCUUCCAAAUACGGUGUCGUAUAGUGAGUACUAGUGAGGAGUACUAACCAAUUUCAAGACAUUUUGAUCUCAAUUGGCCUCUUUGAAAUACUCAUUCUAGUUUCUACAAAGAGCAUUCGAUCAUAAGCUCUGUAACGUAUAGUAAAUUUUAUGAUAUGAAAAAUGUUAUCAUUUUCUUUGCAUCA